AUGGCGGAAAGCACGGCUGAUCAUGAGGAUGAUUUUGGACCUAGUAUGACCCCUGGCUACAAAAUUGCCGAAAAGAAGUCUAUUCAAGAGUAUCAGAAUCUAGACGCUAAUGACGAGUCUCUGAACAGAUGGAAGGCAUCUCUCGGUCUGACCAGCAGUGUACCUGGUCCGGCAGAUGAUCCACGUAGGGUCGUUAUUCUUGAAUUGGCUCUGGAAGUUGCGGGUAGACCGGAUGUUGUCCUGGACUUGUCUGAUGCGUCAAAAUUGGAUGAAAUAAAAAAGAAGCCCUUCGUAAUUAAAGAAGGCGUCGAAUAUCGAAUGAAAGUCAAGUUCAAGAUCCAACAUGAAGUGAUCACCGGCCUUAAAUACUUACAAGUCGUCAAGAGAAAAGGAAUUCGAGACAAAAUGGAAGAAAUGAUUGGGAGUUAUGGUCCGUCCGACCAACCUUACGAGAAAAAGUUCCCUCUCGAAGAAGCACCUAGCGGAAUUUUAUUCCGUGGUCAUUAUCAAGCGAAGAGUAAAUUCGUUGAUGACGAUGGAAAGGUUCACGUUCAGUGGAAUUGGUCUUUCGACAUUAAGAAAGACUGGAACUAA